GCGGCGGGGGCGACCCCGGGGGAAGGGCGGGCGGGGAUGCGUCGAUGUUUCCGUGACUUGGGACUGGUAGCCCCAAGGCGCAUUCUAACUGUUGGCUCCCCGGCACCAGCGGCCAGAGAGAGAAAGGGGCGGAUCCUCGCGUACCAGACACGCCCCUGUCGGGUAUAAAAUUCGCCAGGCGCUCUCUCCCCAGGCCACAGUCGCUCCCUCGCUCUGCCGGGGCCUCCGGACGCGGUCACCACGCGGCUCUCUGGAACACUCGGGCCGAACGCACGCCCGCUUGCACUCACACUGCGGUUCACACCCGCAGGCGCGCUCGCACCCACACUGCCGCUCACGCGCGCUCACACUACCCCACGCGCGCUCCACUCCCGCUCCAGCCCCGCGCCCCGCGAAGGCGCAGGCACUGCCGCCGAGAGCGCCGAGGGGCCCCGCGGCCUUCCCAUGGCGGACCUGAGCUUCAUCGAAGAUACCGUCGCCUUCCCCGAGAAGGAAGAGGAUGAGGAGGAAGAAGAUGAGGGUGUGGAGUGGGGCUACGAGGAAGGUGUUGAGUGGGGUCUGGUGUUUCCUGAUGCUAAUGGGGAAUACCAGUCUCCUAUAAAUCUAAACUCAAGAGAGGCUAGGUAUGACCCCUCGCUGUUGGAUGUCCGCCUCUCCCCAAAUUAUGUGGUGUGCCGAGACUGUGAAGUCACCAAUGAUGGACAUACCAUUCAGGUUAUCCUGAAGUCAAAAUCAGUUCUUUCGGGAGGACCAUUGCCUCAAGGACAUGAAUUUGAACUGUACGAAGUGAGAUUUCACUGGGGAAGAGAAAACCAGCGUGGUUCUGAGCACACGGUUAAUUUCAAAGCUUUUCCCAUGGAGCUCCAUCUGAUCCACUGGAACUCCACUCUGUUUGGCAGCAUUGAUGAGGCUGUGGGGAAGCCGCACGGAAUCGCCAUCAUUGCUCUGUUUGUUCAGAUAGGAAAGGAACAUGUUGGCUUGAAGGCUGUGACUGAAAUCCUCCAAGAUAUUCAGUAUAAGGGGAAGUCCAAAACAAUACCUUGCUUUAAUCCUAACACUUUAUUACCAGAUCCUCUGCUGCGGGAUUACUGGGUGUAUGAAGGCUCUCUCACGAUCCCACCUUGCAGCGAAGGUGUCACCUGGAUAUUAUUCCGAUACCCUUUAACUAUAUCCCAGCUACAGAUAGAAGAAUUUCGAAGGCUGAGGACACAUGUUAAGGGGGCAGAACUUGUGGAAGGCUGUGAUGGGAUUUUGGGAGACAACUUUCGGCCCACUCAGCCUCUUAGUGACAGAGUCAUUAGAGCUGCAUUUCAGUAGCCAAAGAGGACAGGAACAAGUCUGGCUUCAUGAGGGAGGAAGACAAUGGUCCUAUAAUGCCCUUGGAUAAGAAAAGGAAACUUUUGAGCUGCACCUUCAGUUUAUCCUCAAAGCCUGCGUUGUUUGUCUUCAUCUAAUCCCGCUUUGAUGGACGUCUGUGAUGGUUGCCUGUACACUUACUGAAAUGAAAUAUUAGAAAUGGCUGUGUAUUCCAAAGAAACCCUAUAUUAUAUAUCCACAUUACUGCUGCUAGGAUUCAUAUUUGCACAUACUGUUUAUUGCUUAUGUGUAGAAGGAAUGAAACUAGUUUCCAGAGUUGUUAUUAAUAUGAAUAUAUAUCAUGUGUUAAUAUUGAGAAAGGAAAAAUACAUUCCCGGUGUUCGUAGUUCUUCAUUUCCUGUCUCCAACAGAAAAUUCGCUCAUUUUAGAGCUAGUGUAAUUCUUGAUAAUAAAAUAAGAGUUUUGAUUAGGAACAGCAUAGAGCUUCAAAAUGCAAACUGAAUGAUUAGUAAAAUUAUGUCUCAUUUUAUUUUUUCAGCACCCAUACCAUAAUUAAUGUUAGGCUGGAUUGCCAUGGGAAACAUUUUUUGGCGUUAAUGCAGCAACAUAAUACUCACUUUAGGUAUUACUACAUAGUUAAAGGAUUUAACUGAAUGUAUGGAUCAAAUUAUAUUUAUUUGACAUAUUCGAAGCUGUGGUUUAAUAGGAAUUUGAGAAAGGUGUAAGAAAUAGGAUAAAAAGAAGGUCAGCAGCAUGUACCAGGAAUAGCUUUACUUUCUAUAAAUAGAAAUAUAAAUUUAAUGGUGUCCUAUAUUACUUUAGUGUCGUACACUUUGUAAGACUUAAAUAUUUUAUUCUAUUGAUUCCACUUCUUUGGUAUGUCAAGACAUUUCUUUAAAGAUGACCAACAAUAUCCUUAUUUUAGAUGCCACUAGCAGAUGUAAGUGUAUACUUAGUUGCCGUUAGAUGUGACAGAAUGGGAUAAUUUAUGUAAAGCAGUAGAGUGCCUGGCACAAAGCAAACAAUAAAUAUUAUUGUUAUUGUU